CUUCGGUUUUCGCGCUUGAUCUCCUUUCACGCCGUACAUCAGAUCCUGAUGAAUACCGAAUACCAUUACAUGCGAUUCUCCGUGUCUCCAAAGAUAUCCGAUGCACUCUCUGUGCGCCAGGCCAUACAGGGCGCUCUCGUACAAGCAUUCGGCGUCGCUGGCGGGUCGAUAUACCUAGAUAUCCUAUGGGUGGCCGAGGAGGGCAAUGAGAUGGUCGUACGAACGACGAAAGGAGAUUCAAUGAUGAUUGUUGCCGCUGUCACUUCAGCCUCAACACCGAGGAUAUCGCUGCAAAAGGAAUCGUCGUUCCUGCCUGCGCUCAGUAGCACAUCGGCAACGCUCGAUGAAGAACACUUAUGAGUGCUGAACAUCAACGGUGCCACGAUUUGUUCGACCAGGAUAUAUGUGGUCGGACAAUUCCUAGUCCAUCCAGAAUGUGACCUACGGAUCUCCCUGUUCGAAAUGAUGAAGCCUUUCUGUCUCAGCCUCUAGACAUCCAUCCUACAACCGCAAUUUCCGUUCAUGAUUAACCGCAGUCCUC